GACUUUAUUCUCUUCCUCCCUCUCAAUCUUUCUCUAUUGCUAAUACUUUAUAACUUUGCUAGCUAACUCAAAAGCGUGUUGUUUGAAACCUCAAACUCCAAUUAUAAGCCAUCCCAAAGAUCUCUCUUAUUUUUUCAUUCAUUCUCAGCACACACAACAACGAUGAUGUUCAAUUCAAAUCUUCUAAGAAAUCUCUCCCUCUUACUAUUAUUCUUCUUCUUCUUCUUGUCGUGCGUGUCCUCCACAAACACCCUCUUCACCCAACAAUUCAAAGAAGCACCUCAAUUCUACAACUCCCCAAAAUGUCCUUCUCUUUCCGACACCCAACAUUCAAACCUAUUAUGCUCCGAACAAGCUGUCCACGUGGCAAUGACGCUGGACACCACAUACAUCCGAGGUUCGAUGGCGGCGAUCCUCUCCGUUCUCCAACACUCCUCCUGCCCCCAAAACGUCUUCUUCCACUUCGUCUGCUCCUCCAACGCCUCCCUCCUACGCGCCACAAUCGCCACCUCCUUCCCCUACCUCAAUUUCCAAAUCUACCCCUUCCACGACCACCUCGUUUCCGGCCUCAUCUCCACCUCAAUCCGCGCCGCACUCGAUUGCCCCCUGAACUACGCGCGCAGCUACUUCCCCACCCUAAUCCCACGCUGCGUCAAGCGCGUGGUGUACCUCGACUCCGACCUCGUACUUGUCGACGAUAUCGCCAAACUGGCAGCCACGCCGCUGGGAGAACAUAGUGUGCUGGCGGCGCCGGAAUACUGCAACGCGAACUUCACCUCCUACUUCACGCCCACGUUCUGGUCGAACCCUUCGCUGUCACUGACGUUCGCGGAGCGGAGAGCCUGUUACUUCAACACGGGGGUGAUGGUGAUUGAUUUGGAACGGUGGCGCGUGGGGGAGUACACGAGGAAGAUCGAAGAGUGGAUGGAGGUUCAGAAGAGGAUGAGAAUCUACGAACUGGGUUCGUUGCCGCCGUUUUUGCUUGUGUUUGCGGGGAACAUUGUUCCGGUGGAUCAUAGGUGGAACCAGCACGGUCUCGGAGGAGACAACUUUCGUGGUCUGUGUCGGGAUCUUCACCCUGGUACUGUUAGUUUGUUGCAUUGGAGUGGGAAGGGUAAACCCUGGGUCAGAUUGGACGCUAACAGACCUUGUCCUCUCGAUGCUCUUUGGUCACCUUAUGAUCUUUUACGCACCCCAUUUUCUCUCGAUUCUUGAUAAACAUAAAAUCAAAUGUGAAUAUCUUUCUCAAGAUGCCUUCUUUCAUCACAAUCCAAGUUUCAUCCUUAAAAUUCUACACUUUGAUGUCUUCCACAUGCUUUUAUUAUGCAUGUGAUGAUGAAGGUGAAACUUUAGUUUUGGCUCAGACACAGUACGAAGAUGUCUGAUAAUGUCUAAAUUUUGUUAUUUUGAUACAUGCGUAACAUGGCUGUAAACAGAGGUUAGUUUCUCUGCUGUUCAAGUGUAAUUAAAGUUAAUAAUACGUGAAAAGAUGAGUGGGGUUUGUGAAUUUUUCUUUUUA